AUGGCCAUACUCACUUCAUCAAGGAUCGCAAUCUCAACGGCUUAUUACGGAAAACAUGAAGAUGCUCAUUACGAAUAUGGACUACAUGAUGUUCCGAAUCGCGAUUCGGCUACUUCAUAUGUAGACUGGGCCAACGACAACCUAGGGAUUUGGAAAGGGGGAUUUCGAGUGGCCGAAUAUGGACGGAGAGACCAUGUGCGUGCCUGGAAGCCGUGGAGGUGGCGCUCGCUGGGCCACACCCAUUUCCGCCUAGGCCUUUCCGGGCAUGGAAGACGGUGGGAAACUAUGGAAUGUUGUAACGGGGUCGACAGUGGCCUUAUUACGGGCCGUUUGUCUGUGUCCAACGAAUUCCAAGCACCACUAUGGCGUGUGGAGAGGGGCCGAGUCAAGGUGCACACAGAUACGAUGGCCCAUGUCCAAAAAACGCAAAAAGGUGCGUGA